ACACAUUCCUGUCAUGGUGCAUUAGUCGAACACAAGAUCUGUCUUUUUAUGAAAAAACGGCCGCUGACUGUCUUAUGAAAUAUCAAAGUAUCGUAAUAAUUAGCUAUUAUUACACCAAGAUUUCUGUAAUAACCAGCUAUAUUCGUUUUUGUUCAAGCAAAUAGCGUUAGCUGGCUGUCCAACGAGCUAACUGUGCUAUCUAACGUUAGCUAGCUAUGUUUACUUUCGUCUUCGAGCUUCGUUGAUCAGUCACGGGUACAACCCUGCAAGGGAAACAUGGGCGAUUGUGAAGUUUAAACGUGUAUCUUUAUAUUGCCCAUUGAUCAAUUUUGUUUACGGACAUCAGACAGGGGAGCUAAAUUAAUAGCUAACGUUAGUUAGCAACGCUAGUUGACUAGCAACACUAACGAAGCAAUGGAUAAGCCUCCUUUCAGACAAAACCAAAACUGCGGGAACUGGGAAUUGAAAGAGAGAUUGGGCAUGGGCGGUUUUGCCCAUGUCUACCUGUAUCAACAUCAUGACACAUCAGAAAAGAUUGCGGUGAAAAUGUGUCGCCUGGAGUUGACAGCAAGAAACAAAGACAGAUGGAGCAGAGAGAUCCAGAUCAUGAAAAAGUUGAAUAAUCUCAAUGUAGUGACAGCCAGAGACGUGCCAGAGGAGAUGAAGCACAUUGCCUUAAAUGACCUUCCACUGCUGGCCAUGGAGUACUGUUCCAAGGGAGACCUCAGAAAGAUGCUGAGCAAGCCUGAAAAUUGCUGUGGACUGAAAGAAAGUGAAGUACUUUCCCUGCUCAAUGACGUUGGUUCAGGCAUCCAGUAUUUGCAUGAAAACAAGAUCAUACACAGAGACCUUAAACCAGAAAACAUAGUGCUCCAGGAAGUCAAUGGAAAGUUGGUUCACAAAAUUAUAGACUUGGGCUAUGCCAAAGACUUGGACCAGGGGAGUCUGUGCACUUCAUUUGUGGGAACACUACAAUACCUGGCCCCUGAAUUAUUUGAGAAUAAGCCUUACACUGUCACAGUGGACUACUGGAGUUUUGGCACAAUGAUAUUUGAAUGCAGUUGUGGGUUCCGGCCUUUUCUGCACAAUCUUCAGCCUGUCCAGUGGGCCAGCAAAGUGCGGAACAAAGGUCCCAAAGACAUCAUGGCUGUGGAGGAAUUGAAUGGGGAAGUCAGAUUCUCCACACAUCUACCAUACCCCAACAAUCUGAGCAGAACACUCUUGGAGCCCAUGGAGAUGCUGCUGCAGCUGAUGCUGAAAUGGGACCCUGUCCAGAGAGGAGGCAAGACUAAUGCUGACAGCAAGAAACCCCUGUGCUUUGAAGUGCUGGAACAGAUAUUAUGCAUGAGGGUUGUCCACAUCCUGAACAUGACCACGGCCCAGGUCCACUCCUUCCAGCUGGCCCCAGAUGAGAGCCUCCAUAGCCUGCAGCGCCGCAUCGAGACUGAGACCAAGAUCGAGUUGGUCAACCAGGAGCUGCUGCAGGAGACAGGGGUGUCGCUGGACCCCAGGAAGCCCGCAGCCCAGUGUGUCCUCGACGGGGUGCGAGGCUGGGACAGUUACAUCAUCUAUUUGUUUGACAAGAGUCUCACCAAGUACUCUGGUCCCUUCAGUGCUAGACAGCUGCCUGAUAAAGUCAACACUAUUGUGCGGGAGGCUAAGUCCCCGCUGCCCCUGGUGGUGCUGAAGAAGGUGUGGGGCGAGGCGGUGAGCUACAUCUGUGGAUUGAAGGACGACUACAGCAGACUGUUCCAGGGCCAGAGGGCUGCCAUGCUGAGCCUCCUGCGCUACAACACCAACCUGACCCGGUGCAAGAACGGCAUGUUUGCCUUCUCCCAGCAGCUGAAGGCCAAGCUGGACUUCUUCAAGAGCAGUAUCCAGUACGACCUGGAGAAGUACAGCGAUCAGAUGCACUAUGGGAUCUCCUCUGAGAAGAUGCUGAAAGCUUGGCAGGAGAAUGAGGAGAAGGCGGCUGCAUAUGCACAGGUGGCCGAGGUGAGCCACCUGGAUGAGGAAAUCAUGUCGUUACACUCGGAGAUCGUGGAGCUGCAGAGGAGUCCCUACGCUCGUCGCCAAGGAGACAUCAUGGAGCAGCUGGAGGACAAGGCGAUUGAACUCUACAAACAACUAAAAAUGAAAUGCCGAACGCCUGACCCUGGUGUGAGCAGUGACAGCUCGGAGAUGGUUAAAGCCAUUAUACAGACUGUCCAGAACCAGGACAAGGUCCUGAGAGACCUCUACACACACCUCAGUAAGAUCUUAUUGAGCAAGCAGAAGAUCAUUGACCUGUUCCCGCGCAUCGAGAAGACACUGGAGAACAUCAAGGAUGCCGACAACACCGUGAUGCAGAUGCAGAUUAAGAGACAGAGAGAGUUCUGGCACCUAUUGAAGAUUGCUUGUGCUCAGAAUUCUGCAAGGAACUCGAUAGCAGCCAGCCCAGAGUCGUCCAACCCUCUGCAGGUGUCCCAGUGGGCCCAGUCUGCCCAGCCCAUCAGCUCCCCUCACCCACUCACCUCCCUACCUGGACCCAAUGACAGUGAUGCUGCCCCACGACUGCUUCAGGAGAACCAGAAGUACCUCAGUCAGCUGACCAGCCUGAUGCAAGAAGCUGCUGACGAGCAGUCCAAAAGCGUAGUGGACCAAGAUUGGAGCUGGACUAAAUAUGAAACGUCUACAAAACUGCAAAAACGAAAUGUGUGAAUACGUCAACCACAGGAGACUGCUGAGGGGAGGAUGGAUCAUAAUAAUGGCUGGAAUAGAGUGUAUGGAAUGGCAUCAAACACAUGGAAAC